UAAGAAAACCCAGCAUUUUGAGGGUCUUGAUGUUGAUGGCUUUGACGAUAUCUUUUGUGGGCACAACAAAUCGAAUGUUGGUAAUGGCGGUUCGGUUAAUAAUGAGUAUUUUGAUGAUGUAUUUGGUGAGUUUGCUUCGCCGCCAAAGCAGGGUGUUGCCAUUGAUGACUUGCUGGAUAAGAUUGGUGGGAUCCACGCAAAACCCAAAAGUUUGAAUGGGAAUGGAACUGAAGGGGUUGCUAAGAAAACAUCUGAAUUUGAUGACUUGAUACCUGGGUUUCGUGCCAGCGCUGUUACAAAUAAUGGUAGAUCAAGUACUGAUAUGAAUAAGCCUCAUAAACCAACUGUCUCCUCAAACAAACCAGCAGUCACAUCUAAUGAUGAUCCAUUUUUAGUAUUUGAGGCAGCUUCAAGCCCAGCGUCUUCAGAAUCAUUUCUGGACUCACUGGAACAGAUUGGUAAACCAAAUAGUUCUGAUGGUACAAGAGCCAGCUCCGUUAACAACUCAAGUGUAUCAUCAAUAGAUGAACUUGAGGAAUUUGCCAUGGGUAGGGUGCAGAAUGAUCCCAGUAGAGAGGCGAAUGUACAUACUGGUGAAAUUAAACAAAGUUCAGUAGUUAAGGCAAACAAAAAUAAAGGAGCUCUAAAUGCAAAGGGACAUCAAUUAAAUGGCAUGGAUGAUCUUGAAUCAUUUUUCAGCAUGAGUUCUCGUGCAACCAGUGCACCAAAGUCAAGGUCUUCAGAUAUGGAUUAUAUAUUUGAUCACCAAAUGCUAAACAAAGGGAGACCUGAAGUGUCGCAAAGGGUGCCAUCUAGAUCCUCAGCAAGCAUAAAAAAAUCUUCAGUGAUGACACCUCUUGAUGAUCUUUCAUUGAUUUUUGGUGGUUCUCCAUCAUCUGAAUUCAAUGAAGUUGAAGGAGAAACCGAAGAAAGACGAAAAGCAAGAUUGGGACGUCAUCAGAGGACCCAAGAGCGAGCAGCAAAAGCAUUGGCUAAUAUGAAUCAGCGUGACCUUGAAACUAAGAUGGAGGAAGAAGAGAGGCAUAGAAUUGCUGAAAUUGCGGAUGUUCAGAUAAAGCGAUGGGCUGCAGGGAAGGAAGGCAAUCUGCGGGCAUUGCUAUCAACAUUACAACAUGUUCUUUGGCCUGAAUGUGAUUGGCAGCCAGUAUCUCUGACAGAUAUGAUCACUUCGUCUUCAGUUAAAAAAGUCUAUAGAAAAGCAACAUUAUGCAUUCACCCAGAUAAAGUCCAACAGAAAGGUGCUAGUCUUGAACAGAAAUAUACUGCAGAGAAGGCUUUUGACAUCCUGAAGGAAGCUUGGAAAAAGUUCAGUGCAGAAGAGCUUUCUUAGAUCCCUUUACUAAUUGUCUUCGCGAAUGAAUAAUGCUAUCCAAGACUUGCUCUGCUGAAUGCUGAUAGAGUUUUCUUGUACCGUUGUAGAUACUCUUGGUUUCAUUUGGCAGCCGAUUCUUUUCCAGAUGCAUUAUGUGGAGAGCACUUCACUGUAAGUUAUCACUUUUGUAUAGUAAUGCUGAUUCAUAAAUCUGUACAAAUUUAUAAUGCUCCUUAUCAGUUAAGACUGGCCAGUUUCACUCAAAAUUUUGAUGACAAGUGUUUGUCAUCCAAGGGCCUGUUUGGUGUGAUGUAUAAGGCCCGAUAGUAUAAGCUUAUACUAUACGUUAUGACAUUUUCAAUUGUUUGGUGUGACCAUCGUAUAGUAUAAGCUUAUACAACAUGACCCCUUUAUACAUCAAAAUGAUGUAUAACUUAAUCCGGCCUAGGAGUGGUGGAUUAGGCAUGAUAAGGGAUUGAUGUAUUAAUAUUGCUUGCAAGUACAAUU